AUGCUGAGCCACCUGAGAUCAAUAGACUCAGUUAAGCCCAUGUCCAUGACAGUGGACAUCUACUUGUCUUGCUUUGAUCACCAAGAGGUACAGUUAACAUCUCAUAAAGAUGAAGUGUGCAAAGGUGAACCACUUACUCAGGGUCACACAACUGGGAAGCAGAACUGGAUUCAGGACUGGAUUCUGGUUCUGAGAGCCUCCAGAAAAAUCACCCUCAAUGCUCUGCAAAGCCGUUGCUACAGAGAUGCAACCUGGCACUGUGAGAGCCCAAAUCCUCAUUCUGAUACAGAGGCACUUGGUGUAUUGGGUGUUGUGAAGCUUAUCAAGGUGAAAAUGAGAGCAUACCCUGUCCCUACGGGACUAAGAGCCAUUGUACAUCUCAUCAAAGGAAGUAUUGAAACCCAGAUAUCUUCCUGUCUUGUCUUUCAGAAAGCAGCUUCCUCUACUGCGAGCACGGGCACUCUCGGGCAGAUCUCUCAGUCACUCUCUGGCCUUCCCGCCGCCCAAAGUCGGGCAGCCACGAGGCCCGCUGCGUCCUCCCGUGGUCGCCCGAGGGGCAGCUGCAGCCAUGUCGCAGGGGGGCCAGAGGAAGUGAGCCAGCUCACCGAGAACACCUACCGGAAUGUUAUGGAACAAUUUAAUCCUGGGCUCCGAAAUUUAAUAAACCUAGGGAAAAAUUAUGAAAAAGCUGUUACUGCUAUGAUCCUGGCAGGAAAAGCCUACCAUGAUGGUGUAGCCAAGAUUGGUGAGUUUGCUACCGGGUCUCCCGUGUCAACUGAGCUGGGUCAUGUCCUUAUAGAGAUUUCAAGCACCCACAAGAAACUCAGCGAAAGUCUUGAUGAAAAUGUCAAAAGAUUCCAUAAAGAGAUUAUACAUGAACUGGAGAAAAAGACAGAGCUUGAUGUAAAAUAUAUGAACGCGACUCUAAAAAGAUCCUACCUGCGCACUGUGUGGUCUCAGCCAGUCACAGAGCUCAGUGAUUGCAGUGCCUUCCUCAGGAGACCAGGCGACCUGGUGGCCGUAGGGCUGAAGUUGUCAGUUGAGUUGGAGCUGUUGGCUCAGUGUGCCUUCAUGGUCCAAAUUAAGCAAGCAAGGGAAGGAAACUCGGCAGACCUCUGCUCUUGGCAGAGUGGGAAUGCAGAUGAAGAAUGGAUGGUUUUCUGGGAUUUGUUCAUUGAACUUGCAUGGGGAUUAACAUUCUCUGAAAAGAUUACUAGUACAUUCAUUCUAACAGAUACCUCGGAAGAUCCCAGUUUACAGCGAUCUGUUUCAGUUGCAACUGGACUGAACAUGAUGAAGAAGCCGAAAGUAAAGACCAUUUUUCCACAUACUGCUGGUACCAACAAGACGCUACUCAGCUUUGCACAAGGAGAUGUCAUCACGCUGCUCAUCCUUGAGGAGAAGGAUGGCUGGCUUUACGGAGAGCAUGACACCACCAAAGCAAGAGGUUGGUUCCCAUCAUCAUAUACAAAGUUGCUGGAAGAAAGUGCACAGAAAACAGUGACUCUGCCUAUGCCAAGCCCUGCGCCUGUGAGGAAUGUCAGCACCAUGAACUUAGCCGAAAAGAGCAGUGUCAUCAUGCCCCCACCCGACUACCUGGAGUGCCUGUCCAUGGGAGCAGCUGCAGAGAAGAGGGUCAAUGUCACCAAAAAUACCUCUACUUUUAAAGCACCAGUGUCCAAACCAGAAGCCAUAUCUCCUAAUCAUGCAAACGGUACUGCAAAGCCACCUUUUGACAGUGGAGCAAAUCCCUUUGCUACUGUGAAGCUCCGACCAACAGUGACAAAUGAUCGAUCAGCACCAAUCAUUCGAUGAAAAGAUGGCCAAG